AGGUGACAGCGCCUCUCCCUCUUCCUCCUGCUCCGUUGCUGUGGCAACACACAUGGAGCGUCGGCUGCUCGGUAACGGAAUGGAAAGGAAGAUGGAGGAAAACACUGCUAGAGACGUCGAGACUGGCAGUGAAACUGGAGGAGAGGACGCCUUGGUGGGGAAUGUAAACAAACUGAUGGUGAGCCCACCAGGUUACCAAGGAGCGCCACGAAAAGGACAUCUGGUGUUUGAUGCUUGCUUUGAGAGUGGGAACCUCGGCCGCGUCGACUACAUCAGCGAGUUUGAGUUUGACCUCUUCAUCCGGCCCGACACCUGCAACCCCCGCUUCAGAGUGUGGUUCAACUUCACAGUGGAGAACAUCCGCGAGACGCAGCAACAACGGCGCCUGGACCUGUUGACUAUAACCAACACUGGUGAGUCCCUGAGAUCUUAUGACUUCACAUCACAGUCCACCUCUGUACCUCAACACCACUGA